GCGAGCGCGGGAUCCGUGGCGCCCGGGAACCGGCGCGCGCCAAGGUGUCGCAGACUGAGUCCCUGCAGGAACCGGCCGAGGACCAUUCCUGCCCCUCGGCGACGCGGCAGGAUGAAAGUCAUCACGUGUGAAAUCGUCUGGCACAACAAGGAGCCGGUGUACAGCCUGGACCUGCAGCCGGGCGCUGCGGGGCGGACCCACCGGCUGGCAUCUGCGGGCGUCGACAUGGUCGUGCGGAUCUGGAAGGUGGAGAAAGGACCGGACGGAAAGGCCAUCGUGGAAUUUUUGUCCAGUCUCGCUCGCCAUACCAAAGCCGUCAAUGUCGUGCGUUUUUCUCCCAACGGGGAAAUCUUAGCCUCGGGGGGCGACGAUGCGGUCAUUCUGCUGUGGAAGGUGAAUGACAACAAGGAGCCAGAACAGAUCGCGUUUCAGGACGAGGAUGAGGCUGAGCUGAACAAGGAGAACUGGACCGUCGUAAAAACCCUCAGGGGCCACCUGGAAGACGUGUACGACAUUUGCUGGGCCACGGAUGGGAACCUGAUGGCGUCCGCCUCGGUGGACAACACGGCCAUCGUGUGGGACGUCAGCAAAGGACAGAAGAUCUCCAUCUUCAACGAACAUAAAAGUUACGUGCAAGGAAUAACCUGGGAUCCUUUGGGACAGUAUAUUGCUACGCUGAGCUGUGACAGGACCCUGAGGGUGUACAGCACACAGAAGAAGCGUGUGGCUUUCAACGUGUCGAAGAUGCUGUCCGGCACGGGCGCCGAAGGAGAGGCGAGAAGUUACCGGAUGUUUCACGACGACAGCAUGAAGUCCUUCUUCCGUCGCCUGAGCUUCACCCCCGACGGGUCUCUGCUCCUGACGCCAGCCGGGUGUGUGGAGUCCGGCGAGAACGUCACCAACACGACCUACGUUUUCUCCAGGAGAAACCUGAAGAGGCCGAUCGCUCACCUCCCGUGUCCCGGGAAGGCGACGCUCGCCGUCCGCUGCUGUCCCGUCUACUUUGAGCUGAGGCCAGCGGGGGAGACAGACGGGCCUUCCCCGGGGCCGCUGGUGGCCCUGCCCUACCGCCUGGUGUUCGCCGUGGCUUCCGAGGACUCUGUGCUCUUCUACGACACGCAGCAGCUCUUCCCUUUCGGCUACGUGUCCAACAUCCACUACCACACCCUGAGCGACAUUUCCUGGUCCAGCGAUGGGGCCUUCCUGGCCAUUUCUUCCACUGAUGGUUACUGUUCCUUCGUGACAUUUGAGAAGGAUGAACUUGGAAUACCUUUCAAAGAGAAGCCAGAUUUGAGCGCGGGAACUCCCGACACAGCGAAGAAAACCAAGAGCCAGACGCAACAGGGGUCUCCGCCAGGACCCAGACAGGUCGAGGGGACCCCCACCAGCAGGGUCCAGGACCCCAGCAGCCCCUGCACAGCGCCCGCUCAGGCGAAGCUGGCCCCAGCCCCAGCCCCCGCCCCCGCGGCGGCCAAGGACACGCCCCCGGCGGCCGCCGCAGCCCGAAGCUCCACCCCCGCGCCCUCGGAGGAGAGGAAGGCCCUGCAGCAGCCCAGCAGUCAGAACGCGAGAGGGCCCCCGCCGCGCAAGGUCGCCCUGAACACGCUGCAGGCCUGGAGCAAGACGCCCCGGAGAGUGAACCUGACGCCCUUAAGGACCGAUGCUCCGAACCCCGAACCGAGCAGUGUGGUGUCCAUGCCUCCCACCGAGGACAUGCAGGCGGAGACGCCUGGAGACCCUCAGGGCAGCUCCCUGGAGCUGAAGCGGCCCAGGCUCGGGGGAGCCAACGGCAGUGCCCAAGGUCCGGACCUUUGAGGACACCUGUCUCGUCUCGUGCUGGAAAGCCGCCAAGUCUGGGGGCCCCCGUGUGCAGAGGGAAGGGCGUGGGGCCGAAGACCCCAGAGGGCGUCAGAGGGACCUGGCAGACACUCCUAAAAGGGCUCCUGCGAUGAGACGCACAGGGACCGGUUUUCCUCCAGAAACGUUUCCUCCCGUAUAUCGGAUGCGGCUUACCUCGGGGUGCGCCUGUGCGGACGGGCCACACCCCCUUGCGGAUGCGCGCGGGGGCCCUGGACUAGCCCCGCCUUCCCUGCCGUGAGAGGCGGGCUGAGAGGCGGGCGCUGCUGCCCGAGGCACCUCUGUGGACGUGCGGCCCCACGGGCAGCCCCCCGCCGCCGCUCUCGCUGGAGCUGGGAAGCGAUUUGUGAGGGUUCGUUCCCUGGAGCUCUGGGGAGUUUGAAUGGUUUUUAGAUUUGGUUUUAAAUAGCUGACUGAUUCCUGGAA